AUGGGUGACCUGGUGGGCAAUGCAUCGCUGACCUGUGCCGCGCGCCCGGGGAAUCUGGACAUCUCGCAGGCGGAGGUUUGGGCCUUCAGAUGCGGCCUGCCUGUGGAGGUGCGGGUGGGGCUGACUUUGUCGCUGACCGGGCCGAAGAGUGAUGCCAACUUCACCAACAUGGUCCUGACCGCGCUCAGCGAGUACAGCAGCCAGAUCUCCACCCGCCAAGUGGACAUGCGAAUGGAAGACAUCACGCUGGCCGAGGUUCACAGCUGCCUCCGCUUCUGCGUGCUGGAUGACGAGAGCUCGGUGCGCAAAAGUGCGGAGCUGUAUCGCUACUUCGCCUCUGCCGACGAGAGUUUGAAAAUGGACCUGCUCCUUGGCCCCGGCAGCGGGGAGUUCCGGCACGCGGCCGCGCAGGUAGCGGAGGAGUUCCAGAAACCCGCGGUUUUGUGGUCCAUGCCCAGCGAGAUCAUGGAACUCCUACAGCCCAAGGCAUCGCAGGAAGCGCAGUCACAGGAGCGGUUUCUUCCCACCGGGGCGUUCGGAGUUGGCUACGACGUGCUGCUGGGGCUGCCGGACUUCAGCUGCGGUGCGCUGGCGCCGCCCGCGGGGUACCGCCUGCGGGCCGCCGCGGAGUUGCUGGACUGCGGGCGGCCCUGCGACCCCGUGGCGGACCUGGAUUUCUGCUUCGCCGUGGCCCACAGUUUCAGCGUUUCUGGGCCCGGGUGGAGUCCUCCGACGCACCUCACGCUUGACCCGGCUGGCAGCUGCAUCUCUGGGGUGACGAACUUUGGUGGGCAAGGAAUGGUUGACAUCAUUUUGCACACUUCGAGACCGCUGGAGUACGUGACCUUCCGCGUGGAGCAUGCGACCAACGAUUCGCAUCAGGCACUUCCCAGACUCAUCGUUGAAGGCCACGUCGCGCUGCCCGGCGACGCGGUCUUUGACCUCCUGCCCGAUGGCUCCGAAGUGUUUUUUUACCACAACGCCUCCCAGACCAGCAACUCCAGCUGGAGUCUCUGCCUCCGCGAGCAAUGCGAGGUUUUAUGCCCGGGGAAGGCAGUCAAAAAAGCCUGCCCUGGCCUUGUCUGCGUGCCGGAAGACUACGCAGAGUGCUGCCCGAGGAUAUCCACCAGCAACGGGCCGCUGUCCACCGCGGUGCAUCAGCCCUCCGCGGUCUUCGACCUCUUGCCGCCGUUGAGCACCUGGGCGCGGGACGCGCUGAGCCAAGCGGCGGUGGCCUCCCAACCCCGCUUCAUCUGCAUCGCGGAGUCCCGUACGGUCUUCGUGGACCUCUGCGAGGAUUACCAGACCUACGCCUCCGAGGUCCUCAACUUUGAGCUCUACGAGGGUGGGGUCCAGGCAACCGACGUGAGCCAGAUCUUCGGCGCGGCCUCGCUGGUGGGCCGCCUGGAUCCCCGGCCCACGGCGGUGAUGCUCUGCGGCAGCUUUGACUUGUUUGUGGGUUUCGUUGGGUCGAACCGGGUGCUAGACGUUCGGCACCCCUACGUCAUAACUUGCCUGCCUUUUGGCAAUCUCCUCGAGCUUGUCACUUCAGGGCUGCAGGAGGGCUUCCGGCUGCUGGAGCCGCAGCCCUGGCCUUCCACGGCAUUCCUCCGCGCCUUCGACGAGGAGAACGAGGGCCCCGCGGUCACCGCCCAGGCCAACCCCAGCUUAAACAUGAAGUUCGCAGAGCUCGAGGAAAAGGCGACCGCGCAGUACGGGUCCAUACCCAUUCAGCUGGUGUGGCUCUCUUCAGCCUGGCAGAUCCUGGACCAGGUGGGCAUUGAACAUGCAGUCAGAGCGCUGGAGGGUGCCACCAUUCCCGACUACACCCGCUUUGUGACGAAGCAAUCGAUGUAUGGUGCCAGGUUUCCGACCUUCAUGGGAUACAUUAUCUUUCUUCCCACUGGCAAGCGCAUCGUGCUCAGGAUGCCCUGCGGCGCCACAGCGCAGGAUGCCUUGCCUUCAAGAACAGGAUGCCCGGCCAGCUUGGCGCUGCGUGAAAAGCAGCAAAAGAAGCUGCAGCGGUCGCUGGCUCGCCAGCAGCAGCCCGCAAGAAGUGUUUCAGCCACUUGUCAGUCUUGGCUGCCGCACAUGUCCGUCCAACUUGACACGCAGCACGUCAUGGCUUUGGUGGGUGGGAUGCAGGCUGCGCUGGCUGCUCACCGUGGCCGGCAUGAGGAGGUCACAUACGGCAACUUCACUCCCUUGUGGCAUCUGGAGCAGUGCUUGCGCAUCCAGUACAGCCUCUGCCGCCACGUUGGAGGGGAGCAGUCCUCUACCAACCUGGACACCGUCACCAUUCUCAUGACAGUGAUCUACAGCCUCCGCCGCUGUGAGCACUGGAAAGUGACAUGCUCCUGGCCUGACCUCCAGCCUCCCUGUGAAGGCAAUAAUCCCGUGUCCUUUCGCACACAACUGCAGCUGACCUGGGGGGCAUCCUGGCGAACGCACGCAGAGACCUUGGAGCCGCUGCUUGUGUCCUGCAUGAACCACGUGCAAGAGUAUGAGCCAGUGUAUGGGCGGUCUCGCAGCAUGGGCUCCUUGUUCAAGGCUUGGCACGCGUUCUCCGACGACAUGCUGCUGAUGCUGCGUGUUGCAACGCCGCGCUUGGAGCUGCAGGAUGCCCUGCGGCGCCACAGCGCAGGAUGCCUUGCCUUCAAGAACAGGAUGCCCUGCGGCGCCACAGCGCAGGAUGCCUUGCCUUCAAGAACAGAACUCUUGGUCUUGAAGUGCAAGAUGCCCUGCCUAAGUGCAGGCUUUGCGUUGCGCGCCUCCGCGCGGUUCCUCCCCCAGCUUGUCUCCAAGUUUCCUAGUGCGCGCGUAUGCAUUGCGACGCCGCGCUUAGAGAUGCAGGAUGCCCUGCGGCGCCACAGCGCAGGAUGCCCUGCGGCGCCACAGCGCAGGAUGCCCUGCGGCGCCACAGCGCAGGAUGCCUUGCCUUCAAGAACAGAACUCUUGGUCUUGAAGUGCAAGAUGCCCUGCCUAAGUGCAGAUUGGGCGCCGCCGGUCUUCUUGCUCCAGGUCGACCCAGCACAAGCCGCCCCGGACCCCUUGGCCAGCGCUGACUUGGACGGAGUGCACGCAUGCGUCGCUGAGUACGCCGCGCCGCUCCUGCGACGGCUACGGGGGCCACAAGCAGACUGGCCUGCGGCGGAGGAUUUCGCCAAGAUUCCUAACUGGCCAGCGCAUGCUGUCCCACGCCCGGCAGCCUUGUGCUUUUCUGAGAUUGCCAGUCUGGGCUCCGAGAAAGCAGACUUGGACGCCGCUGGCUCUCGCCUGUUGCCAUCUUGCUGUAGUGCUUUGCCGGUUGAGGUGGCCCUUCUCUGCCUCUCGCGCUGCACAGGGUUCCCGGACAAGCUGGUGCAUCAGGUUUGGUCGACAAUGCUCGCUGCGUGCUUGCAUAUUGACAUGCAAGUGGAAUUGAAGGCAACUUUAUCAGUCACCCCGAGGGUGCCGUGCAUCGGCAUUGCAGCCCCGGGGUCGAAGAAGACCCCCGUGCAGCAGGAGUUGAUACACAGGGUGUUUUGCGACGUCAUGGAUCGCAUGCCCUUCCUCGCGCACAACUCUGCAAGCGCGGGUGAAAGACUUCUUUUCGACGGAGGAAGCACUGCGGGUUUCGUGAAGCAGCUGAAGCAAAACUCCGGCUAUAUCUACUUAGUUGUAGAGGAGCUAGUCAGCUUCUUCGACGCAAGUUACGCUAGCUCUGGCGCUACGUCCACGGGCUUUCUACAGGGGUGGUGCUUCACCGUGGCCCACGCGCAAGCUUGCCGGUGGGAUGACAUCGGUGCCUUGCAGCCCAUUCGCGAAUUUCUUGGCGGAGUCGUAGAAAGCGCGCUGCGGAUCUUUGGGCCCGCCAGCUCGGCGCGCAAGUUGUCCUUGACCAACGAGGCCAACAAGCUCCUUGCUCAGGUUCACAAUUUCUUCGAAGAGCAAAAACUAUCUACGCAGCAGCGGGUGUCAGUCAGGGACUAUGUCUCCAAGCACUCGCAAUGGAUUGGCAGCUACAUCGCCGUGGCUCACGUGGAAGAGGAAACUUUGCGCUACCUGCAGUUCACGCUCUGCUCCGAGGAUGGCUGCGACUUCUUCAGGUGGUGCGACGAGCCAGCUUCCCUGGGACCCCUGCGGCAAGAUCUGUCAGAUCUAGUGGACGAGAGGCACGCUGUGGACACCAAGGCCGGCGUCCGAAGCGUUCAGCGAGCGCUUGUCAAGUUCACGGAGGCAGCCUUCUUUCUCAACGUCAUUGCCUUUGAGACGGAGAUGCGGCUGCAGACCAAGCAGUCACAGGAAAUCUUCUGCUCUGGGGAUGUUCUGGAGUGCAAAGUAUGCGGAGAGCCGAUGACAUCCACGGAGCGCUUGCUGGCGGAGGUCAUGAGAGCACUUCCCGACGAGCAGAUGGAGUGGGAGCAGCAGGCCGUCAUCCGGCUGUCUCCCGACUUCGAUGUGACCAGCCACGCCGAGUGCCGCCGCGCCGUGCUCGCGUGGCUCGCACAGCAGUCCAUGGAAGCAAAGAUGAAGAUUGGCCGCUCAGCUGGUGAGCACGUGGCAGUGUAUGCGUAUUGCCAAACGCAUAAAGACUGUCCUCGCAAGUGGCGUCAUAUCUUCCAACUCACAGAAGACGGCGCCAAGGAGCACAUCGUCCACGUCAACGGCAACCACGCCACGGAGCCCAGGCUGGUUCGAGGCACUGCAGUGGCAGUGCGUCGGCAGGCAGACGCAUUGACCGAAGCCAACACGCCAAUGCAGGCCAUGGUGCAGCUGGCGGCGCAAGGUGCAGAGAUGGAGACUUGGCCCUGCACAGCAGCCUUGGUGCAAUCUCGCCGGCGAGCCGUGCGGAAAAAGAGCGCGUCGGCAGAGUUCGGUGGAGGCACUGGCUUGGGUCAGUGGCUGGAGCACUUGCGCAAGAUCAACGAGGAUGGGAGCGUCUGGAGCACCGUGGUGCGCGAGGACGGAUGCGGCAUCGUCACCUGCCAGAAGUUCGCCGACGCUGCUGCAGCGAUGAUUGCUCAAGCUCGCGGCGGAGACCAUGACUACCUUGUCGGCGUGCAUGACUGCACGUACAAGGUCUUUUCCAGCGAUUGGGGCCUGUGGAAGUUCUGCUUGUGCGCGAAAAAGUACGACCGCGAAGGUAUUCCUCGAACCACUUUGGUGCAAGUAGGCUUAGGCUUUGUGCCCAAAGAAGGGCAAGAGCACAUGCUCACGGUGCUGCACCUCAUGAAGGAAUGGCACUCCUCGAAGAACAAUGACUUGAGUCAGUUUCUUCACCAGGUUCACGCUGACGAAAGCUUAGGUGGGCAAAACGCCUUGCGAAAGGCGUUCCCCAAGACUGUGUUCGUCUUAGAUGUCCGACACCAGGUGUCAUCCAUCAUGAGGCGCGCCGGCUCCAAGAAAGAGGUGCGGGCAAUGGUGGCGGCAAACAUGCAGUUUGCGCUGAGUGCUCUGGGAUUCUCCAGGCCUUUGUUCAGCCUUUACAUUGACAGCCUCUUAGUGAGGUUAGUCGAGCUCGGAGAGCUGGACCUGGCGGCCUAUCUGCAGAAAGACAUGGUGGAAAAGGUGACUGUCGAAGGGAAAGAGAUGUGGACUUCGGCCUGCUGCUGCUUCAUCUCGCUGCUGGGGACUUCCGUGAAGUUCCAGUCCCACGAAGCGAAUCCUGGGAUGACUUCCACCACCAUUUCCCAAUCGCUCGAAGCUUCCUGGCAUCACAUGAAGAAGCUCUUGCCUGGCAACGUGGCAAAAAUGCCUGCUACAGAUGCUUUGAACCACAUCCUCAAAGCUACGGAGGCAAAGUUGGGCGCGGAUGACGCCGCCGCGAAGCAGCUCAAGCUCAAGCUGGGCGGUAUCUCUAGCCGCCUGGUCAGCGGCGAAGCCAUCUUCACGGAAAGGGUUAAAGUCCUUGACGAUCACCAAAUGAGGCUGCCGUGCGCACGCUUGCUGUGGCAAUCUUGCCCCGGCAACACGAAGAGCUUCGAGUUUGAUAUUGGUGAGGUCGGCGACGUCCGUCAAGCAUUUGUGCUCCCAGUCACAAAUGCCUCCAUGGUGGUGGACGAUGAUGUGGCUUGCUGCAUGGUGUCCCUGCUGCGGCUCUGCGACUCUUCCGUGGCAGACGUCCUUCGGCUGCACUUCUGUCUGUAG